GCUGGACAAGACUUUGGGCCACCAGGCAAGACAAUUCAGAAUUCUCACCUACAAAACCCUAGAAAAUAGCCAAAUUCUGGAAUUGGGCUUCAGAUUUUACUGGCGUCAUAAUCUCUGAUAAUGUAUCGGUCAGAUGUUAUCAGUGAAGAAUCGGAGAGAACAGCAUUCCGGAAAGCCGAGAAGAAGUACAAAAUUUAUUAUGACAACACCAAAAAGAAAAAGAUAGCUAGACCUGUAGAUUUAUCGGAGGUUGUAGAUUUCAAGUCGAUUUUGGAGAGGUAUAAUUGUAAUGGCGAACUUAUGGGAGGAGUUUCAGUGUUAAAGUGCGAUUUUGAUAGACCAAUUUUCUGCUUGGAAAGUCGGCCAGGAUUUUAUUUUAUUCCUGGUGCAUUAAGCGUGGAGGAGCAAUGCCAAUGGAUAAGGGAGAGUUUAACUAGCUUCCCGCAGCCCCCAGAUCGAACCAACCACAAUGCAAUUUAUGGACCCAUAGAGAAUUUAUUUGUUUUAGCUAAAGAGGGGAAGGUUUUAGUAUUAGAAGAGAGACUUCCUGAUAAUGUUGGUUCAGAGUCAGAGAUUAAUGCUAUUCAGAGUGAUACAAGUGCUCCCAAGUGGAAGUUUGUUGAUGAAUUGGGUGAAUCACAUGGCCGAGAUGUGAGCAAGUUGGUGCUGGCUUCUGUUUUGCUGCGUAAGUUAAGAUGGAGUACCCUUGGCUUGCAAUUUGACUGGUCCAAGCGUAGCUAUAAUGUUUCUCUCCCUCACAAGAAGAUACCUGAUGCACUAUGCCAGCUGGCUAAAAGGAUGGCAGCACCUGCUAUGCCAUAUGGUGAAGAAUUCCAGCCAGAAGCUGCUAUUGUGAAUUACUUUGGAUUAGGUGAUAUGCUUGGUGGGCACCUUGAUGACAUGGAAAAAGAUUGGAGUAAACCUAUUGUAAGCAUGAGAAAUAUUUACUCAUCAGUUUGGGUUGCAAAGCUAUUUUCCUGCUGGGGGGAAAGUCAAGGGAACAUCCACCAGUUGCUAUGUUCCUUAGGAGUGGUGAUGUCGUGCUUAUGGCUGGGGAAGCUAGGGAAUGCUUUCAUGGCGUUCCCCGCAUAUUUACCGAUGCAGAAAAUGCUGAAAUAUCCCAGCUCGAAUCCCGGUUUGCAGGAGAAGAUGAUCUACCUUACUUGAAUUACAUCAGGACUUCAAGAAUCAACAUCAAUAUCAGACAAGUAUUCUGAAUAUAUCUCUAGGCAGAUAAAACACUGGAGCAUGUUACAGGAGUUGGUAUUUUACGAAGAAUUUGUUCCAUCAGUUUGUCGUUAGUAGCUCAGACAUGGGAUUCCAAGAGAAUGAAACCAGUGAAUUUGGAUUCUGGAAAAGCAUUAUACUGCACAAGUUUCCAAGAGAAUAAAACAUGGAUAUAAUCUCUCAAAGUCUCCUUUGUUUCCGGAUGAUGUCAACUCAUACUGCGAGAUUGUAUUGCAGGAAUUUCUGGAGCAUGAUGGGAGUUUCAGAUCUCGCCCUUAAUACUAAAAAUUUAACUAUAAUCCAGUGAUUGAUAUUCUGCAAUGGAUGAUGAUAUUUGACAUAUUUGUGGUGGUGUUACCAGAAAAUGGAUGAUUAGUGCAUAGAAAAAUCCUCACUCUUACUUGUUUGCUUC